AUGGCUCCCAAGAUCGCUAUCAUUUAUUACUCGAUGCACGGCCACAUUCAGCAGAUGGCUGAGGCCGAGAAAAGGGGCAUUGAAGCGGCUGGAGGUCAUGCCGACAUUUAUCAAAUUGCCGAAACCCUUCCAGCUGAAGUUUUGGAAAAAAUGCACGCGGUUCCGAAGUCGGAUCAGUAUCAAAUAAUAUCAUCGGAAAAAUUGGUUGAAUAUGACGCCUUCCUUCUUGGUGUUCCAACUCGUUUUGGAAACAUGCCUGCUCAAUGGAAGGCAUUUUGGGAUUCUACAGGUGGACUUUGGGGAACAGGCGGCCUAUGGGGAAAAUACGCUGGUCUAUUCAUCUCCACAGGCACUUUAGGUGGUGGACAAGAAUCGACUGCCUUGGCUAUGAUGAGCACAUUCGCUCAUCACGGAAUCAAUUUUGUUCCACUCGGAUAUAAAACCACACUCAACCUCUUAGCUAAUGUUAACGAGGCUCAUGGUGGAAGCGCCUGGGGAGCUGGAACCCUUGCCGGACACGGUGAACGCCAACCUAGUGCUUUGGAGCUUCAAGUGGCCGAAACUCAAGGCAGAGACUUUUAUGAGCGUGUUGCCAAGGUAGACUUUUCGUAA